GCGCGUCGUAGAAGUGAACGGUGCGCUGGGCGACAAACAGCAUAUACAGCACUUAGCUUGCAGACAAGUUUUUGUAGUGUAUUGGAAGUGUUGACCAAAAUGCGACCCCCGUCUCAAGAUGUUGCGCAUGAAGAUGUUGAAAACGCGGACCCCAACAUGCCCGCCAUGAUGUUGUGCACCAGGUUGGCCGGGAGAGCUAUCAUCAGAGUGGUGUCCAGGUGCAAUGAGGCGCAGGAAAACAACAAUCUGGACCUAUCCGAGUGCCAGCUGAUGCAAGUUCCUGAUGCAGUCUAUCACCUGAUGAGACACACAGAACUCAAAGGCUGCAACCUGUCUAGCAACGUCAUCUCAAAGAUCCCGCCAAAGUUUGCCGUCAAGUUCUCAUUAAUCACAAACCUGAACUUGUCCAACAACCAGAUGAGCAAGUUGCCAGAUGAGUUGGCCGACCUGGCAGAGCUGGAGAGUUUGGAUAUUUCCCACAAUUCGUUCAUCUCAUUGCCUCUGGUUGCCUACAGAAUGCCCAAGCUGGCCACCCUCAAGGCAAAUAACAACCAUAUCGUAGAAGUAGACAUUGAGCGAUUAAAAGCCAGUCCGAGUCUACAAGAGGUGGAUCUACAGGACAAUCCUGUCAGCAGCUCUUGCCACAACAACCUACAGAAGGUGACUUCCCUAAGGAUAAUGCUGUCUCCAAGACAACUGGAAGACUGGGAAGAUCUCACAGUAUAAGUGCUUUGUUUCAAGACUGAAAAUACUCGCUCACUUAAGCGUGAAGUACGCUCAUCUGCGUAAAAGUGCUUGAAUUGAACAAUCACAAUGCCUUCAUAUGUCUACUUAAUGUUAGAAAAUGUAUUUAUAUUCUAAAUAAGGCUUAGGAAUUUGGACUUGUAAACGAUGUACCUACCAUUGUGUUGAAAAAAGAAUAAUAUUUUUUAUAAAUAAUGCUUGAAAUGAUAUAAUUCAGUCAUUUAAUGUUUCAGUAUUAAUUAAAUUACUAAAUGAUAUAUUUGUAACUUGUAAAGUUACAUACAAAUUAAUAUGUAACUGAUACUAUAAGUUAAAUAUUUUCAAAGUUUUGAAUUGGACUCAUGAUAACUUUUAAUAACCAAAUGUUUCGGUUUUUUAUUUGGUACAUAAACGCAGGAUAACCUAAAAGGAAUGUUUGGAAAAUUAAUCAAUUGUUAUUGCAUUUAAAUUUUAAAAUCCAAGCACUUAUACUUCACUAUUCUUUUCUACAACUGACUAAGAGUCAAUGUGGUAGUGGUUAUGUUUUUACAGUUAUGUUUAGUAAUUUUAGUUGUUACUUUGGAACCGAUCUUGCUAUUUAUUCUUCAACUAAUUUUUAAGUCACAAUAUUUUGAAGUUAAAAAAAAACUAUAGUUUAUUUUAUUGUGCAAUGCACAUGAACACCGUUAUUAAAAAGCUUCACAACUUGAUGUUUGUUAGUUAAUUACAAAAUUAAAAUAAUAGAUGAAAAUUCAAAAUAAGUUUGAACCAUUGUUAAGUUGAAAUCAAGUCGAAGCUUUUUGUGCGCUGUAUAUUUUAACUGAUAAAUAAUAUAAUUGACUCUUUAGUUGUUUUGUAUAUAGUAUUUCAGUCUCUUAAGCUAAAGACAAAGCCAAAGUCACCUUCUGUGUUUUAUUAGCUCAUAGAUUUUGUACCGUUGUUAUACAUUUAAUUAUUUGUAAUUAAAGUUUUUGAUCUCAUGAAUUUUUACAAUUCAAUGAUCAAAGUAGAUUAGAUUUUAAUACACGACUAACAUUAUAGGUAAGCACCACUUUGUAUUUUAUGGGAAAAUCUGUUACCUACGUUUAAUGUAUAAGUAUUGUAUUGUAUUGCUGUACAUGUUUUAGUGACUUAGGUUUUCCUACAUACUGUGAUAUUCUGCCCUAUUUACUUUUGUGAAUGAUACAUAUUUUUAUAAACAACUUGCUAAUAAUCUUUGAAGGUAAAUUUCUUAAACUUUUUCAAAUAUAAUGGUUGUGGUUUUCAAGCAAUACUAUCUUCCAACAAUAUAGAACCAGUGACGAUAUAAAUUAAAAUAAGUUUAAAUGUUUGUAGUUUUUUUUUAUAUACAUCAAUAUUCACAAGUAAUAACAUUUCAAAAUCAAAAUUACAAAUAAGUAUUAAGUAUUUAUACCCUCCAUUUACCGAUGGAUUACAAUAGUUCUACUAAAUUAACAAUUGCUUUAAAUGCUCAUCCUAGUAUUUUAACGAGUGAAUUUAUAUUAAAUGUUGUAUUUUUAUAUGUGAACUAACUAUAAAAUAAAUAUUUAAAGAUAA